UCAGGUUUGUGGAGACUGAUGCCACGUCAAUUUGGGAUCAAGAUGCAGAUGAUUUCGAUGAUGAAGAGGGUCAAGAUAGCAUGUUUCCUCCAAGGAGUGAAUCCGAAUCAUGCACAGAAUCACCUAGGAUACUUUAACCGGUGACGCUCAUAUUUCAACUUGUAUAUUGGAUGAAACCUUGCCAGCCUGCAGCCCAGCCCGAGAACCUUCAGUGUCGAUGCAAGGGCCGUCCGAACAUGGGAGUCAUGUCCUAAAUAAUGUUCCUGAAAUCAGUGCAUUCGGUUAUUCUCCAGACGUAUACCUAGAUGCAUUCGAAUGGCCAGCAAUAUCACUGCAUGACCAGAAUCGGAGUGCGAGUACUGAAGAUUCACUUAGCGAUUGCGAUGAUCUUCAUCUCGACCUAACAGUCGACUCGUCCGGACUUUGGCCUUUGAAGACCAGCGAAGAAGCUUUACUCUUUCGAUAUUUUGUCACAGACUUGGCACCAUGGUUCGACUUUUGCGACAAAGACCGGCAUUUCGGUACGAUGGUAGUGCAGGCCUCUUCAACAUGUGAAACGCUGUUGAACGCAAUAUUAUCAGUUUCAGCCAGACAUCUCAGCAAGUCAGGCAGCUUUGACCCGCUUGCAUCUGACAAAUAUCAGCGAAAAUGUCUUCAGAUUCUCAUUCCAGCUCUGAAUAAUCAGCAUUCACUCUUGGAAUCUACGCUGUUUGCUGCUACUGCAAUUCUUCGUCUCUUUGAUGAAAUGGCUGACCCUGUUGAAGAUCGCCAAAGCUGCGGGCAUAUACUCGGGACACACAUUCUUCUCCGUGCAAAAGAAAAUACAACAGAUUCCAGUUUACGCGCAGCAUCCCUUCAGGUUGCGCUUCGGCAGGAGAUUUUCAUAUCAUUUCUUACUCGAACACCUAUACCGCCUCUCGCCGACUAUCUAAACAUUGAUCGAACAACUUCCCCCACAGAUGAUUACACAUGGGCUGUACGUAUGAUAGCAUUUACAGCUGACGUCUUGUCCUUCUGCUACGGCCACUCCGGAAGGGAUACAGGGUCUUGGCAGCGGCUGAAUGACUAUCUGGAAGAAUGGACAAGAUGCAAACCGCAGUCAUUCAGACCAAUACACUACGAACGGAAAGGUUGCGGAUACUUCCCGAAAAUUUGGUUUGCUAAUGAUUGCCACAUUGGUGCCCAGUUGUAUUCUGAUGUUUGUCGUAUAUUACUUCUCGUGCAUGAUCCGCGUAUGCCAUCCUUAGGCUUGGAUCGGUCUAUUGCUAUGAAGAGGGUGGAUAAUCGAGUUAGGCACUAUGUUCGGAGGAUGUGUGGUGUCGCCAUAUCACACCCGCAAGUACAACCUGCUGCUUCUGUAACUGGAAUGGUAAUAGCUAUGUGCGGUGAUCGUUUCUCCGAAAAGGAUGAGCAGCAGCAGUUGCUUCAUAUUCUAAAACAAUCAGAAGCCCACCUGACCUGGCCGCAUCUUAAAACUCAUGAACGUCUGAGCCAAUACUGGGGGUUAUAA